AUGCAGCCCCUGGGGUACCGCGAGCGACCUUCGCUCCCGCCGCUGUGCGGCCGGUCUGCCUGCAGCUGGCACGGUGGGAUGUCUAGAAGCUGCAUGGCGACCCAAGCGUGGCGAGGAGUGUGCGCUCGCUGCGUGAAAAAAAAACAGUCCUUGUCUGAAGAUUGCUGCGAGAUCACGAUGGCCCAAAGGCUUGUUAGCAUACGAUUGCUGUUCUGCGUUCUGGCUGCAUGCUUCAUCUCUGCCUCAGCCGAAGAACACGUAGGAGAGAGUCAACAUGCAAAUAUUCGCCUCGAUAAGAACUUGGUACAAGAUAAAGACCACAUCAUGGAACAUUUAGAAGGUGUCAUUGAGAAACCAGAAUCUGAGAUGUCUCCACAAGAGUUGCAGCUUCAUUACUUCAAAAUGCACGAUUAUGAUGGCAAUAAUUUAUUAGAUGGUUUAGAGCUUGCUACUGCUAUAUCACAUGUCCACAAAGAGGAAGGUGGUGAACAUACCCAGGCAAUGAAAGAAGAAGAGCUGAUUAGUCUGAUAGAUGAUGUCUUAAGAGAUGAUGAUAAGAACAAUGACGGAUACAUAGACUAUGCAGAAUUUGCAAAAUCACUGGAAUAAAGUUUUGCAGGGAGCUUGCUUCUCCUUCUAACUACAUGGAAAUGUGAACCAGUAUAAUGUGAUUCAUUACUGUCUCAUAUCAACCUCUGUGCUGUG